CAAGGUCAUCCCAAUCUAAAGUUAGUUCACACUUUAGUGAUAAAUAUUCAUCGUUAAUGCAUGGCUUUCGCUUCAUAAAAAUCCACAAGACUCAUCAUUAGCGUUGUCAUUUUCAGUAAACUACUCCAUCAUGAUUGAUUACAAUCAUACUGUUGUUGUAUUUCUUCUUUUGUCCUUGGGGAUAUUCAAACUGGGUUCAUGCACUGAAAAUCAGAGUCAGAUUAAUUAUGUGACAGUGAAACGCAUCCAAAGUGAAAGAGAAGCACUUGUCAGCUUCAAGAAUGGCGUAAAUGAUACUCCAGAUUUUCCAGGUAAGCUUUCUUCAUGGGUCGGUGAAGAUUACUGCCAAUGGAAAGGCGUAGAGUGCGACUACAAAUCAGGUCAUGUUAUCAAGCUCAAUCUUAGCAACCCAGCUGGACGCUGCAGGCACUAUGAUUAUAAUUACGAAGGAAGAGUCACUGAAACCGGUCGGUGUCCACAUUGCAAUACUCCACCGAAGAGAUGUUGUUUUUAUUCCAUGCGUAGCUCAUUGGACGGGGAUGUUAAAGCAUCUCUUUCAGGGGAUGAAAAUGCAUCUUUUUCAGGGAAGAUUAGUCCUUAUCUCGGCAAUCUGUCGAGCCUGAGGUAUCUUAACCUUGAAGGACACUACGAUUUGUCUACCAAAAAUUUGGAUUGGGUCUCAAGUCUCUCUUCUUUAGAGUACCUGUAUAUGGGGAAAGUGAAGAUCAAUCAUACCAAAGGAGAUUGGCUUCAUGCAAUUAACAUGCUUCCUUCCCUUCAGGAGUUAAGUUUAUGUUCAUGUCAGCUUGAACACUUACCAUCUUCCCUUACUUUCCUUAAUUUCUCCUCUCUUGAAGUCCUCGAUUUAUCAUACAACUCAUUUAACACCUCCAUACCUCAGUGGUUGUUUAAUCUUACGAGCCUUACAAAACUUGAUUUGACUUUUAGCAAUCAAGGAGGAAAAAUCCUUGAUUCAUUUGGGAGACUUGGAAACUUGCAAUACCUCUAUCUUGGUGGUAACCGUUUCUAUGGUUCAAUUCCAGCUUCUAUUGGCAAUUUGUCAUCCUUGAAUGAGUUGGACCUCUCAUAUAAUCAGAUGAAUGGAACCAUUCCAGAAAGUUUUGGGCAACUCUCAGAGCUAGCCAAUUUGUAUCUCCUAGAAAACUCUUGGGAUGGUGUCAUAACAGAAGCCCAAUUGAUGAAUCUCACAAGCCUAGAAGAGUUUAUGCUAACAACUAAUAAAAAUCAGCCUCUAGUUUUCAAUGUGACACACAACUGGUUUUCUCCUUUCACCCUUAAAUCUCUUCAUCUAGAAAGUUGUAUCAUUGGCCCCAAAUUUCCUUCUUGGCUUCAAGUUCAAAGUGAGCUUACCCAUGUCACCCUAAAAAACGUUGGAAUCAUAGGCAUUAUCCCUGAGGAUUGGUUCUUUAUGAUAUCUCCUCAACUCACCCACUUAGAUCUAUCCAACAAUCAGAUAAAAGGGAACUUGCUGCACCAAUUAGUAUUUCCAAAUGUGACUAAGCUAUUUCUGCAAAGCAAUUUGCUUUCAGGCCCUAUCCCAUCAAAUAUUAAUGAUCUAAUGCCAAACUUGCAAUAUUUAGAUCUUUCAGAUAACCAUCUCUAUGGUAAAAUUCCUUUGUCCAUAUCAAAAAUCAAAUAUCUUAAUAUUCUUGUCCUCAGGAAAAAUAAUCUUUCAGGGGAGCUCCCUUAUCAUUGGAAUGAGUCACAAAUAGAUUUGCGCGUUGUGGAUGUUUCAUACAACAACUUAUGUGGAAAAAUUCCGAGCUCAAUGGGUUUCUUAGGAAACCUUUCAAUAUUAGUGUUGAGCAACAACAAUCUUAGUGGAGAAAUUCCUUCUUCCUUGCAAAAUUGUUCUCUUGUGAGCAUUGAUUUUGGGGGGAAUAAGCUCUCGGGGAAUCUUCCAUCAUGGUUAGAAUCAGACAUCUUCAUGCUACGCCUACGAUCAAACCUAUUCAGUGGAAUCAUCCCUCGAAAAUGGUGCAAUCUUUAUAAACUUGGCAUCCUAGAUCUUGCACAAAAUAAUCUCUCUGGGCACAUUCCAGAUUGUUUGAACAAUUUUACUGCUAUGGUUGAUUACAACAACUCUGGGUACAAGUCUGUUGAGAACUAUACAGAGAAAGCACACAUAGUGACAAAAGGAAGAGAGUAUGAAUAUGAUCGCAUUCUCCAAUUUGUUACCUGCAUUGAUCUUUCAGGGAAUAGUUUGACUGGAGGAAUUCCUAUUAACAUAACAAGCCUCACAAGAUUGGGUACACUGAACUUGUCAAUGAAUCAUCUAACCGGAAACAUUCCCAAGAAUAUUGAAAACUUGCGAUGGUUGGAAACACUUGAUCUCUCAAACAAUAGUCUUUCCGGACCUAUUCCUGAAAGCAUGUCGUCUUUGACUUCCUUAGCACACUUGAACUUGUCUUUUAACAACUUGACAGGAAGAAUCCCAUCUGGUAAUCAACUCCAAACACUAAAUGAUGUAACCAUAUACAAGGGAAACCCUUCAUUGUGUGGGUCUCCUCUUCUGACCAAAUGCCCAGGAGAUGAAACAUCUGAUGGCCCAACUAUUAUCAGAGUUGAUGACAAACAAGGUGGAGAUGAUUAUGAAAGGAUAUGGUUUUAUGCUAGCAUCGGAAUCGGUUUUGUUGUAGGAUUUUGGAGUGUUUGUGGCACCCUACUAUUGAAGAAGUCAUGGAGGCACUGUUACUUUCAUUUCUGUGAUGACAUCAAAGAUAGGAUAGCAUUGCUAAUUGCAUUGAAAGUAGUUCAUUUGAAAAGGAAAUUUGGGCUAGAAAAAAAUUGAAGUUUGUAGAUAGGAAAGCUGUUUCAGUUCUAAGUUUGAGGUAUGCAUUUGUUUUGUGAUAUCUUAAGUUAAAUAUUUUUUAUCUUGAUUUUUCUAUUUGA